AUGGGCAAUGCUCAUACGAAAGAAGCGAGAGAAGGUGGGCGCGGCGGUCGCUACGACGCUGCCGCUUCUCCAUUUGGUGCUGGGCCAUCGACCUCCGAAAGAUCCGCCCGGCGGUCGAAUCGGCGGGAGCUGAGUGCCCUUGAGGUCUUGACCGGCGGUUCCUCUAACGCGCGGAGAGAACAACCCGAUGCUCCUUUCGAGCGGAGGGAAACUAAACAGGAGAGAGAAGCCAGGAGGCUUGAACGGGAGCGAGUUGCACGUGUCAAGGAACGCGAGCGUAGCAUGAAGGAAGAGCAUGUCGAUGGUGGGUUCCUUGUUACGAUGGGCGUUUACACUGCUUCGGAAGAUUUCAGCAAGCCCAUCGUGAGGCAACUGCAAAUUGAGCGCAAGAUAGCACCUUUCUGGCGGGGGCUAGAUGAUUUCAGAGACGACUGGGCAGAGCAUCAGAUCAUUGCGGCUGCUCGUGGUCUUGAUAUUCCACCCGCUGAUGAAGUGCCCGAGGAUCUAGUCCCUCAACCGCGGCCUGUCGAGUCGCCAAGUACAUCUCUGCAGAACUUGAACAACCUGACAGUUCCCAUGGGGGGUAGGACACUUUCGACCGCCUCGGACAAAACCGGCUCGAAUCCUGGCUCGGCAGUUGCAUCCCCAACGUCGCCCGCGCCACCAAAGUUGUCGUCGUCUCUUAAAAGCCCUCACAAGGCAAUUGCUGGUGUCUUGAGCUUGUCUUCCCGCAAUGGAUCGCAACAGGAUAUUACGCCUCGCGAAAUCAACCUGCCCAACGAUCCGUUUGUGAAUGGCUCCCCUCUCGAAGUUGUUCUGUAUAAGGAUGGUACUGAAUGCCCAAUUUGCUGCAUGUACUAUCCCCGCUAUCUCAACAAAACGCGGUGCUGCGAUCAGUUCAUAUGCAGUGAGUGCUUUGUCCAGAUCAAGCGACCUGACCCACAUCUUCCCGACCACCAUCCGGACCAGCAGAACAGCUCCGAACCCCAACAGUCGAACACUGAAGAGCAGUCCGGUGAACUCGUCAUGGAGGCUGCUUGUUGUCCGUACUGUACACAGACCGAGUUUGGAGUCACAUAUGAGCCUCCCGCAUUCCGUCGCGGUUUGGCUUAUGCUUUCACGCCACCAGGCCUUGGCUCAAUGGGUACCGCAAUGUCGUCUUCCUCUUCACUUGGAUCUAGCUUAUCGCCUACAUCAGCUACGACGCCAGGAACCAGCAACCGCCGGCGCGCUCAGAGUCUGUCCGCCAACGAUCCCAAUGUGAUCUCCACGGACCGAAUACGACCAGACUGGACUACAAAGCUCAAUGCCGCUCGACAACAACAGCGCCGACGAGCUGCGGCAGCUGAUGCUCUGCAUCAUGCUGCAUUCGUGAUGAACCAAAAUGAAUCGUCCCGAUCUCUGUUCGGCCGAUCUAGCCGCUUCAGCCGUCGGCAGGGCGGUGGUGACAGUCCGGGUUCUACUUCCAAUGUCGGCACAAGUGGCCAGGGACCUGAGCCAAGUCAAGGACCCGAACCGGGUACCAGGUCUUCAUCUGCCCGUACAGGGCCCUCAAGGGAGCGGAUAGACGCCGCUCACUUGGAGAGCAUGAUGAUGGCGGAGGCGAUCAGGCUAUCGUUGGCUGAUGAGGAAGAACGUAGGAAGAAGGCGGAAAAAGAAGCUAAGAAGGAGGCCAAGAAGAAGGAAAAGGAAGAACGUAAAGCAAGCAAGCGCAAGUCGAGUAUUUACGGUGCUUCGGAGGGGGGAAGCUCUGCCAGCGCCAGUACUCUAUCUCUGAGCCUCGGCUUUGGCCGGAAACGUGGCAAUAGCGCUGCUGGCGCCCAAAACCAACGUGCCGAGGGCAUUCCCACUACAGCCAGUGUGUCAUCCGGUCAGCCUACCGAAACAACAACCAAUGCGGAUGCUGCAGCUGGAUCAAAUGGCAAGGGAAAGGCAGUCGAGCGGACCGAAGACUCUACGUUGCCCAUUCCCAUAUCACAGCCUUCACGAGGAUCAUCGCACCUUCGCCACAUAAGUAAUGCGAGUUCAAUAUCAUCUAGCGGAGCGGAGAGCGUGCAGGAAGGCUACGGCAAUAGAGAAGAUGGUGUUCCCGAGGAAGCCGGAGCAAGCAAAGUCAGCCUUAGUGGUGGUAAAAGUGAGGAUGAAGGUACCGGCACAGAAUCCAUGUUCAAUUUCAGAAGUCUAGCCGAGAUGGUUGGCGUGCCUCUAGAUGGAGAGGAGGCCGCGGCAAAAAGCCAACAUAUUUCUCGACCGAGACAUGGCGACAAUGAUUCGGACAAAGCCUCUGAAGAACAUCAUGAGCAUGUCGAGCACGUGGGCCCGGCAGUAACCACUGCGCCUACGGGGACAGCUGAAGAGGUUGCAGGAAGCUCAAGCUCAUCCUUGAAUGCACCACGGGAAUCGUUGGGCACAACAUCGCUCAAGGUCGACACCCAGCAGGCACAGCCAGCUAUGGGAAGUGAAAUGUCUAGCACUUCUGAGCGCGUGCAACCGCCUCCAAGUGUCAUGAUCACGCCAGAAACCCCAGCCCCCGUUGAUGAUAACGAAGAUGACGAUUCGAAACAACUUGGCUACUCCAAUCGUUUGGAGCGAUCGAGUGAGGUCGCCCAAUAA